UAUUUGGACCUGCUUGUCUGCCCUCACCCCACCUCCACCCUCAUUUAUGACCACUGAGUCCUUACCAGGUAACAACUGGGUUUAAAUUUUGUUCCUUCCCUCUGAAAAGAAUACAUGCCCCUCCCCAGCGCCAAAGGGCAGGGUGUUUCCUCCUCUGUGCGCCAGGCAGCAGUCUUGGGAGCUCUAGGCUGCAGCCCACCCUGGAAGCCUCUACCCCCACACCCCUCCCGCACUGGGCUGCUGUUGGAGGGGUCCGGGGAACAGCAGCUGAGGCGUGGCCUGCUCCCACAGCCCCAGCCGCAGGGGAAGUUCCCAGCAGCCUAGUCGGGCAGACUAGGGGUCAGAGGCUGGCGCUCCAGCAGACUGGCCAAGGCACACAGCAGCAUGGCUGAAAGCCCCGGCAAGAGGCUUCAGACCGGGGAGCCUCAAAGCCUGGGCAGGGGAGCCGUGGUCCGGGGCUCCUGGCCGCAAAGGUUCAGCAAGCUUUGCUUUGUGGGCGGCCACGUCGGUCACGGGCAAGAGACUGGAGGCUGGGGUCCGAGUGAGCCAAGGGGUAAGCAGAGCGUUGAGGGGCGGCGGGGACCCGGCAGGUCCGCGGAGCCGGGACGAGGUACCAGCUGAGACCCGGAAGGAAACAUCCGACCCGGGCUUCGGCGCGCGUGAGGACCUGCAGGGGCGGGGCAUGGUUCCGGCUGGACGUCCGUGUGGGCGGGGCUGCGGGCCCAUUUCCGGCGGACGGCGGCGCGCGGGGGCGGAGCUCCGCCGGGGCGGGCUCCGGGCCAGCUAGUUGACGCCGGCGGGCAGCUCGGGAUCCGACCCCGGGGGAGAUGGAGCCGGGCGGCGUGGCUGACUCACUCCUUUCCGGGGCUUGCGUGCUCUUCACCCUCGCCAUGUACUCCACCGGCCUCUCGGACCUCAGGCACAUGCGGAUGACCCGGAGCGUGGACAAUGUCCAGUUCCUGCCCUUUCUCACUACGGACAUCAACAACCUGAGUUGGCUGAGUUACGGGGCCUUGAAGGGUGACGGGAUCCUGAUCUUCGUGAACGCCACGGGUGCUGUGCUUCAGACGCUGUAUAUCUUGGUGUAUGUGCACUACUGCCCUCGGAAGCAGGGCCAUCAGAGAGGACUCCUGGGACACCUAAAAGAAAGGUUCCUCUCUCCUCUGCAGCGGCCGGUGCUCCUUCAGACUGCAACCCUGGUGGGGGUCCUUCUCCUAGGUUUUGGCUACUUUUGGCUCCUGGUGCCCAACCUGGAGACCCAGCUUCAGCAGCUGGGCCUCUUCUGCAGUGGCUUCACCAUCAGUAUGUACCUCUCACCACUGGCUGACUUGGCCAAGAUCAUUCAGACGAAAUCAACCCAGCGUCUCUCAUUCCCACUCACCAUUGCCACCCUCCUCACCUCUGCCUCCUGGACCCUCUAUGGGUUUCAGCUGGGCGAUCCCUACAUCAUGGUGCCCAACCUACCAGGGAUCCUCACCAGCCUUGUUCGCCUCUGGCUUUUCUGGAAGUACUCGCAGGGGCCAGACAGAAACUAUCAGCUCCUGCAAACCUGAGACAGUUCACCUGCCCACUGCUCAUCUUCAUGCCAACCUGCUACCAAAGAGAGCUCUGUGUCUCAGCAGUCUGCUGACCAGCUCCAUGAGUGCAGUGGGUUGUGGGAAAGAAAAACUAACAACUAACACUGAGACUCGAGGGACCAAAGAAAGUGUUUUGCUUGGAAGAUUGGCUGAGACUUGGGAAAUGAAUCACUUAUUUUUUAUAGAUUAUAUUUUUUAAUUGUGGAGGUUGGGGUGAAAUCUUCAGAGUGUGCCUUAAAAUAAAUUGUUGCCUACCCCUG